GGAAUCAAAUAUUGAUCUUUACCUGCCUAAGUAUAAAAAACUCUUCAAGUGGAAAGAAAAUGAGAGAAUUUUGGAUAUUGGAUGUGGAACUGGUGAAAUGACCUACAAGUACAUCUUCCCUUUACUUCCUCCAGACUUUUGUGAGUUUGUUUGCUCUGACAUUGCUCCGUAUAUGAUUGAUGAAGCGAAGAAAACAUUCAAAGACAUAGCGAAGGUGAAUUUUCAACUUCUGGACAUUGCUGGUGAACUGGAGGACCCCAUGAAGGGGAGAUAUGAUCGAAUCUUCUCUCUGUACUGCCUCAUGUGGGUUGCUGAUCAAGAGAAAGCCUUCCAGAAUAUCUGCGAUCUCCUCAAACCAAGCGGGGAGUGUUUCCUGGUCCUUAUCCGGAAGGAUCUCUUCUCGAGAAUUCUUCUUGAGUUAAUGGAUGAGCCGAAGUGGGAGAAAUAUUUUAAGGACAUUCGUCAAAAUUAUCCGUUUCCCUAUUCGAAGGAUUCAGAUCCCGUAAAGACUAUAGAGACAAGGAUGCAAAGACUAGGAUUUAGGCAUAUUCAAGUUAAUCUUGAGUCCGCUGACUUUGCUUUCCGCAGUGAAGAAGAAUAUUUAGGAUUCCUCAGAGCUAUUCCAAAUCCAAUGUCAAAGACGGCACCAGAAAUUCAGGAAGAAUACCAAAAGGAUGCUCUGAUGUUGGCAAAGAAGUACAAAGCGAUCCACGAGUCAGGGAAAAAUAUGGAAAAUGGGAACGUUUUAUUUAUUUUUGCUAGAAAAUAAAA